AGGAUUUCAACUUUGAACUGCCAGUAUGAAAAGGAAUGACAAUCUGACAAGCAGACCAACAGCAGGCUGCCCGCCCAUGCCACUGUUCAAUCAGAAGAAAAGAAAUCCAAUUCCUUUGACACUGACACCAUCUGGGAAUGACCUCUAUUCUCACGACGAGUUCAUGCCAAAUGACGGGUCACAUCAGAAGAAAAGAAAUCUAAUUCCUUUGAUGACAACUCCUUCUGCGAAUGACUGCUUUUCUUACACCGAGUUCAUGACAAGUACCAGAUCACCUGCCCCCUAUGGUGCAUCAGGUGACAUACUCAUUCAGGCACCAUUAACCUUUACUACAAUCGUGUCAGGACUCCCAUUGAGUGCGUAUGGUUCUUACCAGGCCUCGGGAUCCUCUAAUGAUGCUCAACCAAGUCACCAGUGGACCAAACAGGACAUGGCCCGAUCUACUCAGGCUCCACAACAUAGUACCUAUAGACCUGCACCAACAACGAGAUAUUACGCGCCUUUACCGCAUCCAUUCAAACCUGAAAAAACCCAUAUUGACGUUAGUUUCUUUUUCAGAUCAAAGAUGGUAACGCCCAGCAGGUUUGAGGGACCACAGGUUUACAGAUCAGAUUUAACUUCCAAACAGAACCAAUAUCAAACAUCUACUAGCAGUCUGAGUGCCCCAAGUAAGCAGAGAGUUCAUAGCGGGUUCUCUCAGAUGGGCCAGCAACCACCCGAGGGGUCGGCCGGUCUCACACAGUUCAGAUCUCAGCCUCAACGUGUCGGACCACUCAGCGGGCCAGCUGCUCAGACACAAAACAAAUGGAAUUUUAAAAACACCUUUGGAGCGCAGAAGCCCACUUUUGUGGGGAAAAUGAGUGGAAAUAAACCCCAGACUCCACGAGAAACUCAAACGCAGAGAAGUGUUCCCCAAAAAGCAGCGUUCGACAACUCACUCAGAAUUUUGAAUGCAACCAUUGAGGGCAUGAAAUACUGGAGUCAGUUUAAAAUCAAAGUCCCACUUUUUUUCGAGAUAAUCGCUACUCUUGACUCCGCCGUCACAAUUGGUCACCACGGAGCCAAGAACUUCCUGUUGAGAAAUGGUAACGAGGUUGUCCAGUGUGUCUUCUAUGAAAAUGAGCAAAAUCUGCCUCGUCUUUUCCGUGGUCAAGUUCACCGCUGUGUCGGUAACUACGACGGCAACAGAGAUGUCCUGGUGUGCAUGUCAAUUCGAGAAGCCAAGCCCUCAGAAGUCAGAAACGCUUUGAAUACCAUCAAAGUCUGCGAUAAUUACAUGCGCAAACUCGUCAAAUUAUUCCAUGAAGUCUGA